GAGAAAUCAAAGCAUAACAUAACGUUUUACACGAAUUACAACAGCCUAGCUGUUAAAAGAAAGAUUGUUAGAAAAGUUGUACAUUUAAACUAGGCGUUCGGAAAUAGAGCGUGUUUGUGGGUGUUGGCAGCUGGCUAGCGAGCUGGUUAGCCUCAUUGUUUAUUGUGUGGUGAACAGUGCAGCUCGCUUGCAUGCAUUUAACUGACCAUGCUACAUAGCUAGCUUGCCAAGCAUUAUACUCCUCUAUAGGCCAUGAAGGUUAACCUGGCCAUUUGAUAACUCUUUGAUGUGGUUGUGGCGCAUAUUUGCGUAUUACUUGCAACUUGCAAACGUAAUUGUAGUCUAGCUACUUUCCUAGCUAGCUGGUAAACUGGCCGUUGAUUUGCAACCCGAAUACUUUACUUUCAUAGCGGUUGCUAUCGCUUUAUGUAGCUAGAUUGUACUGUAGAGAAACAGUGUUGAGUGGGUAGCUGGCAAGCACAGAUAUGCCGGAGAUUAAACUCAAACACGUCGUGUCCUGCAGCAGCGAGGACAGUACUCACAAAGCGGAAAAUCUUCUAAGUUCCGACACGUACAGAAAGUGGAAGGCAGCGAGGCCCGGGGAGAAGCAGACCUCUGUCAUACUGCAGUUUGAGAAAGAGGAGCAGGUUCACAGCAUAGACAUCGGAAACGAGGGGUCGGCUUUCAUCGAGGUGUUAGGGGGGCGCUCCACCGCAGUCAAGGACCAGGACUAUGAGGUGCUGUUGGUCACCUCCUCCUUCAUGUCCCCCUCGGAGAGCCGUAGCGGCACCAACACUAACCGGGUCCGCCUGUUUGGGCCCAGCCAGCUGGUGAAGGCCGCUGCACAGGAGAAGUGGGACCGAGUCAAAAUCGUCUGCAGCCAGCCAUACAGCAAGACUAUUGCAUAUGGAGUGUCCUUCGUGAAGUUCCACUCUCCUCCAGACAACAGUGACCUGCCCACAUCCACCCCCCCAAAGCUCACCAAGCUGGGCCAGUUCCGUGUGAAGGAGGAGGCUCCGCCCGCCGGCCCCAGUCUGCAGCCUGGAAGCCUGUUCUUCAGCAGGGAGAGUGUCUCCAAGCCCAGCACGGCACUCAAAGUGUCCCCUCAGAGCGACAGGCUGAGCUAUGCAACGGCCGCCCUGCAGUCUGCACCUGCGACCGGACACCCAGCAUCUGCACAGACUGCAGUGAAGAGGAAAUUUGAGUUCAGUAAAGAACGCCAGGCUGCGCCAGCUCCUCCCCCUUCCAAAAAACCCAGCCCCCUGGCCUCUCCAGAGCCCAGCGCCAGUACCCCGAAACCUAAAGCCAAGCCCGCACCAACAAGCACCCCCAGUCCUGGCACAGCCAAGGCCUCCCCAGCCCAGAAGACCCCAGACAGAAAGUCCACUCAGCCCAAACCCAAGCCCAAAUCCUCAGAGGCGGUACCGCUGAACCGGGUUCUGGAGGGCGUGGUGGUGGUGCUCAGUGGUUUCCAGAACCCCUUCCGGGGUGAGCUGCGGGACAAGGCCCUGGCCAUGGGGGCGCGGUACCGACCCGACUGGACCCCGGACUCCACCCACCUCAUCUGUGCGUUUGCAAAUACGCCCAAGUACAGCCAGGUGAAGGCGGCCGGGGGAACCAUAGUGAGGAAGGAGUGGGUGCUGGACUGCCACAGACGCAAGCAGAGGAUCUCCCACAAAAGGUACCUGAUGGAUGGAGCAGAGUCCAGCUCAGAGGGGAGUGAGGAAGAGGAGGAGAGCGAAGAGGAAUGGGUGAAGGAGGAGCCAGCAACACCCAAAAAAGGGCAAGCCAUGCCCAAAAAAGAGCCAGCCACGUCCAAAAAGGUGCCAGGGCCGAAGGAAGAGGCGGAUGAGGAGGAUGAGUACGGGGGCUCCACAGAUGCAGAGAAGGACGAGUCUGGGAUGGACACAGAGGAUGAGCUGAAGAGGGUGGAGGGUGAGAGCCGGCGGAGGAGAGGGGAGGAGGGAGGCGGAGUGGGUGGGGCCAUUGAUGAUCCCUACGCGGGAUCAACAGACGAGAACACAGACGUCGAGGCAGAGGAGGACAAACCCAUCCCAGAGCUACCAGACUUCCUGAGUGGAAAACGCUUCUUCCUGUAUGGCAAGUUCCCGCAGAACGAGAGACGCCUGUUGCUACGAUACAUCACCGCCUUCAAUGGUGCUGUGGAGGAGUACAUGAGCGAGAAGGUGCAGUUUGUGCUCACCAGUGAAGGCUGGCACGACUCCUUUGAGGAUGCACUGAUGGAGAAUGGCAAUCUGAGCUUUGUGAAGCCCUCCUGGAUCUUCGCCAUCAAUGACCGCCAGAAGAUGCUGCCCUACCAGCCUUACACUGUGGUGCCCUGAAAGAGAGAGACACACACACACACACAGACUCUCUCUCUCUCUCACACACACACACACACA